AUGUUACAACUCGAACCCCGCCACUACCAAAUAAUUCAAUUGAUUUUUUCCAAAUACCCUUAUAAAUAUUAUAUUUAUGGUUCCCGAGCCAAAGGAACUGCCCGCCGAUUGUCAGACCUUGAUCUUUGUUAUUUAGAAGAGAUUCCGGAUGCUUUGGCACUUCAAAUUGAGGAAGAAUUUAAAGCAAGCGAUUUACCUUUUUUGGCGGAAUUAGAGUUAGGAGUUGGAGGUUUACCAGUGCUAAAAAGAAUAAAAUUAAAAAUUAAUGCAGUUGUGGUACAUCUUUCGGGUAAUGCUAAUCACGAACCCAAAGUUGGUAAUAGUCUUAUACAGUUAACAAAGGAUACUAAUAUUGUUGCAAUUUCAGAGGCUGCUGGUAAUGCGGAUGUUGCUCAAUUAGGUGGUCAAAAUGUUACGGGUGCUGGACGUGUUCUUUUUGAAGUUCCCACCAAGGAUGUUCGGGGAAUUGUAAAUGAUACUGUCGCUACUAGUUUAAAACUACCUGAUGGCAUUAAUGGUAUUGCAUGGUCAAAAGGGAAUAUCAAACUUUAUCUUGGUAAUCAAAUUACUUUUGAGAAAAUAAUAAUUAAUGUAGAGGAUGUGGUUGAUACUCAACCUUUUAAAUUAAGUAACGAUAAUGCUGCUAAUGACCUUUCUAAGUGGAAAAAAAAAUUAUCGGUUUUAGAAAUUACAUUACAAGAAGAACUUGGUUUCACAACUCUUGAUGAGGUAUUAAAAGCCAAUGCUAAUGGAUUUACUAUAAGAAAGCGUAAGGAUGGUGUAAACGAAUCUACUACUGAUGAAACAAUUGGUUCAAAAACCGGAGGAACGGCUAUUAAAAAAGUUCUUAGUGGUAAAAAAUACCGAGGUUUUGAUAUUAUAGAUAGCAACCAAGUUGAAAAAAAUGCCGGGGAAAGAGGGGCGAUUUCACACAACACUCCUACUUUAUUAAGUACGAGAACCAAUGUAAAUGAGGUUUUGUUCAAAAAGGCAUUUAAGCCUUCUAUUGAUGGUAGAUAUAAAAAAGAUGACAUUGACACUUUUCGCCAAGUAUUCUACGACACAAGCAAAUCCAAUAAAGAGGACUUCCGUGGUUUCUCAGUCGCUUAUGCUAAUAAUUUAACACCUGUUGCUCCAGCAACCAAUGACAAAGAUGCCACUGAUGCAACUUAUAAUACAAAAAAUAUUAUGAAUAAAGGUGAGAUAAUUAAGGGUCGAUUAGAUGGAAAGAAAAUUGCUGGUUCGGACACCGCUACUGAUUAUAAAAAUAAUAACCUUCAAUUUACUAAAUGUAUUUAUGAUGUUGUAGGAAGUACUGCUAAUAAAACUGCUGCAGUUAAUAACUUUUUUGCAACUGAUUUUGAUACGGCAAUUGCUGUAGGUACGACGGAUGAUGAACGAGGGGAAGUUUUUGCUGCUUAUACUAGCAUGAAAAACUUCUUAACUUUAUAUGAUGUAGAUUAUUCAACUUAUGAUGAUAGUAAAAAGACUGAAUUACUAAGUACCUAUAAACAAUUGGAAGAAUUCCGUGAUGCUACGAGUGAAAUUACUGCCGCAAUUGGAAAAACAGCUCCAACCAAAGCUCCAGAAACCAAUGUAACGGAAACCGAAAUUAAUGCGGCACGGGAUGGAUUGACUUUAACUUCCAAAGAUGAUGACUUUAAAAAUAAAUUGAAAGCAAUUUUUGAUGAUACUGCUAAUCAAACCGAAUUAAAAAAUCACCCUAAAACAUUUUUGGAUGACUUAGUGGAAUUAGUGAAAUUAAUUGAUAAAGCCUACACCGAUGGCGACAACUUAGAAAAGUCUAAAUUAGAGGUUUAUUCGAAAGCUGCGGAUGGUGAGACUGCUUUAGGACUUGCUAAAAAGACAGGUGAUGAAACCCCAGCCCAAAAAUUAGAAAAAGCCCAAAUUGCCUUAAAAGGGGUGAUCGCGGAGGUGCUUGGUAAAGCAGACGCCGAUAAUGAAGUUUACAACAAGAUAACUAAGGACAAGAAUGAAGAUAUUACUUUUAUAAAAGAAGUAACCGAAAUUAUUAAAAAAGCCCAAGCAUUUUUACUCAAGUCUAAAGCAGACGCUCGUACUGGUUUAAAGGCUUUCACUGAUGAACUCAAAGGCAAAGAGGCUUCAGUAACCGCCAUAGAUACUAAUCUAAAAGUUAACGGAGUUGGUUAUAUAACUCAUGCUAAAAACCAUGGUGCAAAGUUAAAUGUAGAGUUGACCACAGCCAUUGAAAAGGCCAAACUUGAUAAAGUGACCAGUAGAAACGAUGCCAAAACUAAAACUGAUGCUUUCAAACUUACUGAUGACUACGAAGCAUUAGACCCUAGUGCCUUAGUAGAAAAAACUCAACAAGAAGCAAAAGAUUUAGUUCCAAUCUUACAGGAAUUGCUUAAGAAACCUGAUAUUAAAAGUACCUUUACUACUAAAGAUGAUUACGAAAAGUUGAAAGGAAAUUUUGAAAAAAUGGAAGGUUUUAAAAAAAGUUCUGAAUAUGGAAAACUACUUCCGGAGGAUAAAACGGCUUUUGAUGGCUUGUUAACAGAAGUUAAAGCCCAAGUUGAUGAAUUAGCCAAAACCCAUGGUACUACAACAAAUACUGAUACUAACGGUGAUAAACCUUUCUUUAAAACUCCGUUAGGUAUCAUGGUAAUUAUUGUUGGUGUGAUUGCGGUGUUAGGAGGAAUUGCUUGA